CACGGGGAAACAGGUAUCCUGUAGUUGUGCGCAGGUUGCAGACAUCAGUAUUCGUUGUGUUUCUGUGAAACUCUCCUGUAGUUUAGUGGAAGAGUAUCUGUGGGUUGUUAAGGCUGAGGAAGGAAGCUUCUUGCAGGAACAAGCAAUGGAAGGUCUAUAAUUAUCUCCAAGUGCUUUUUGUUUUCCUUUUUUUUUUCUCCUUCGGAUCCCACAGAGUGACGGACGGCGGUCGGGUUGAAGGGACUCCGCGGGUUGUCCGAAAACAUGGAGGAAUGGUGUUGAAAACGUUUUUGUUCAGUAUUUUGAACUCCAGUACAGUAUAUGAACCUAUAUGCACUCUUCAGCACACACAUCGAGCUGUUUGAAUCAGUUUAGUUGAGUCAAUAUUUAUGCGUUUGGGACCGCUUGGAGCCAUCUGCACUCUUCCUGUUGAAGGAUUAGACUAUUAAAUCUGCUGUGUAGGACUGGAGCAGUGAUGGAGGAUAUCGACAUCGAGCAGGAGGAGCCGUUCCCCGUGGACCGAGAUGGGAGACGAUUUAGGGGUGAAGAAGACCAGCCUGAUAAUGACAGAGAAAUGGGAUGUUGUGAGAAGUUCCAUCAUUCUAUGUCCAGAUGGAUGCUUCCAGAAGAUCUUCGUGAAAAGUACCUGGAACGGGCCAACUGCUGCCCACCGCCCAUCUUCAUCAUCCUCAUCAGUAUUGCAGAGCUGGCAGUGUUUAUCUACUAUGCUGUGUGGAAGCCUCAGAAGCAGUGGGUGACCCUGGAUGAAGGCAUCUGGAAAAGCCCGCUCUCAUACAAGCCUGAGUGCAGGAAGGAGGCAUGGCGCUUUCUCUCCUACAUGUUUGUCCACGCUGGUGUGCAGCAUAUUGUGGGCAACCUGGUGAUGCAGCUGCUGGUGGGCAUCCCGCUGGAACUGGUCCACAAAGGAUUUGAAGUAGGAAUGGUUUACCUCGCUGGCGUCUUGGCAGGCUCGUUGGCCAGCUCCAUCUUUGAUCCUUACAGUGCUUUGGUGGGAGCUUCUGGGGGUGUUUAUGCCCUGUUAGGAGGCUAUUUUAUGAACGCAGUAGUGAAUUUCCGAGAGAUGAUUCCUCUCCUUGGAAUAUUUCGUAUCCUCGCCAUUGUGAUAUUUGUUGGCUCAGAUUUUGGAUUUGCCUUCUACAGAAGAUUUUUCAGCCAGGAGGCUGGUAUGCAGGUGUCCUUUGUGGCUCAUUUUGGAGGAAUCGUGGCCGGGAUGACCGUCGGCUACGUCUUCUUCAGCGCUUACAACCAGAAGCUACUUAAAGACCCACGUUUCUGGCUGUGCAUAGUAGGCUACAUACUCUGUGUGAUCUUUGCUGUGGUCUUUAACAUCUUCCUGAGCCCAGCACCAUAGGAACAUAAAGCUCCUUUUUUAUUUUUUUAAAGUUAACACUAAACGCCUUAAUGCCACACUCAGGAAGCUGUAUUUUACACUGAUGGGUUUCAGAGCGAAAUAAUGCACAGGGCAUUUCAUAUUUUUCUAUCAGAUUUUCUUCUUUUUAAUGCUGAAUUUGGGAGUUCAAGGGGAAGGGUGCCUUCUGCUGUUUAUGUGUAAAAUUGCAGAAGGAACAUUGCCUUUUAAUGUGUUUUCAUUGUUAUUCUUAUUUCUGUGUUUGAGUGUUUUUGUAUGUUUUAAAAACAUUUUUUUAGACCUCUUUGUACUUUGUACUUAUGAAAUGAAUGAGCACACUGGUCCAAUUUCAGGUAAUUUUUGUUGAGUAGGAAAUGACACCCAGACUUUUUGUUUUUUAAAUCAUUGUAUGCUAUUCUGUGUUAAUCUUCUGUUGAAUCAUCAUGGACUCUUAUGGACUUUCAGUAUUCAUAAAAUAUACCUUAAACAUGUUGAAAUCCUCGCAUUAAAACGUGGAAUUUCA